AUGGUGUCUUCGACGUCGGCGCGGCGGCGCCUCAUGCGUGACUUCAAGCGGCUGCAGCAGGACCCGCCCGAGGGCAUUUCGGGCGCGCCGCACGAUGACAACAUCAUGACCUGGGACGCGGUUAUCUUUGGACCGGAAGAGACGCCGUGGGAGGGCGGAACGUUCCGGCUGUCGAUGACGUUCUCGGAGAACUACCCCAAUGAGGCGCCCAAGGUCGUCUUUGUCACCAAGAUCUACCACCCCAACGUGUACUCGGACGGCUCCAUCUGCCUCGACAUCCUCGGCAACGCCUGGUCGCCCAUCUACGACGUCGCCGCCAUCCUCACCUCCAUCCAGUCGCUUCUUUCCGAUCCCAACCCGUCGUCGCCGGCGAAUGCAGAGGCAGCUCAGCUGUUCAACGAGAACCGCCGCGAGUACAACCGGAAGGUCCGCGAGACCGUUGAGGCCUCUUGGGCCGAGGACGAUGACUCGGACUCGGACUCGGACGAUGACGACGAUGACGACGAUGAGUAG